UUUGCAAGGGGCAACAAGACAGCGAGCACGCACACGCCCAGCCCCGCCAGCCAAUAGCUUAGUUUGGGCGCGGGAGCGCGCCCAAUGUUCGGCCAACCAGGAGGAAGGAACGGGAAGAGGAGGGAGCGCGUGCGCGCGCACCGGAGUAAGGGGGGGGCGGAGAGGCCAAGAGAGGGAGCAAGAGACAUGCUGCGGUGUCAGUCUCUCGAGGAUGGUGAUGGCUUCCCAGGCCUCGAAGAAGAUGAGGAAAUUGACCAGUUUAAUGAUGAUACGUUUGGAGCAGGAGCAAAUGAUGAUGAUUGGCGGGGGGAACAUGAGCGGCUGGCAGAGAUUGAGGAGAAACACACAGACUCUCACCUUUUGGCCAGAAGUUCCUCCCCCAAUACUGAUCCACUGGGGGAGCAACAGGAGGAACUGGAGUACAGCCUGAGCCAGCUGGUGAGAGAGGUCGAGGAGCCAGCCCUGCCAACAGGGUCACGCACCCGGAUUUCUUCUAGGAUUAACUCUAGUAUAUGGGAUCCUGACUUGCGGCCGAUUAGAGGGCCUUUGCUCACCGAGGAUAUGAGCCCAUCGUCACUGCUGCAUGAGUAUGGCCUUGCUCCCAUGCCUCCACCUGGCCGCGAUGACCCAGAACAAGACGCUUCAGAAAGAGCUUUGCCCCGCCGCUCUACUUCACCAGUUAUUGGAAGCCCUCCUGUGCGAGCUGUACCCAUUGGGACUCCACCAAAACAUGUUGUCCCUAUAUUCACUCAACAGCAGGUUUUGUGCCCAAAUCCUAUCCACAUUCGAGCUGCCUCAUUCAACAAUCAUCCGAAUAACCCAGCAGCGCUUUUGAGACACCCGUUCCCUUCCGCCCUCUCCCCACUUCAGCGGGCGCAGCUCCUGGGAGGAGCACAGGCAGCCGCUGGCCGGAUGUCGCCCAGUCAGUUUGCCCGUACUGCUGGCCUCCAUGGACCUACUUUAGCUGGUGUUACCCCCAAGCUUCUACAGGGCCAUGUGGGGCCCAUGGUGACCCCAGGAGCUGGAGGGUUUCGACCUUUCUUUGGUGUUCCCCCCACAGCUGCACCAGGAGCUCAUUUAAAAAACCUGAGAUCCCCGCAACAACGGCAGCCCCUUCCGUUCCUCCCUGACACGACUCACCUUCACCCACAGCACAGACGCCUGCUUUUUCAGCGCCAGCAGAACCGCAAUCAGCAUCGAGGAUUGAAUGGCACUGGAGGGGAUCGCUCUUCCCGCCCCCAACAAACAGAACCUCAUCGGCGGGAUGCUUAUGCAGGUCUAAUGCUUCAGCGAGAAAAGGAGUGGGUGUGUCGUAUCCAGCUCCUCCAGCUACAGAGCACAGAUCCCUAUCAUGAUGACUUCUACUAUCAGAAUUACUUUGAGAAGUUGGAUAAGCUGUCUGCCAGCCAAGACAGGCCAAGCGAGGGCCCCAAAAAAGAGAGGACAAAGCUGAUAACGCCACAAGUGGCCAAACUGGAGCACACCUACAAACCAGUGCAGUUUGAAGGCUCUCUUGGGAAGUUGACCGUUUCCAGUGUGAACAACCCGCGGAAGAUGAUUGAUGCCGUGGCUACACAUCGUUCUGAUGAAGAGGAAACCCGGGAGAAACAAGUGAGAGACAAAAGACGGCAGACCUUAGUGGUAAUUGAAAAGGUCUUUUCUGUCUUGUUGGAUUUGGAAGACUUUGAACGGCGGUUUUCCCUGUGCUGUGAAGAUGAGGAGAGAGAGGCUCUGACAGAAGAACGCAGGCACAAACUGCAGCAGCUCUGUGACAUCUUGCGGGGCAAGGAAGGAAGUGAGCGGGCAGCCGAGGAGCAGUUUGUCCAGAUCAUGUGCAUUAGAAAGGGAAAGCGCCUUGUGGCUCGGAUCAUUCGCUUGUUGCCACUUCAGCUAAGCAUAGCUUUACUGUCCACCACUGCACAGAGCUUGCCUUUUCUCAUCAAGAAGGAUUAUCAAGACCAGAUACUUCCCUGCCUGGUUAGCCCCUGUGCCCUUGUGAUUAGCCAGCUGUCUGCUACUGCUCUCACUUCCCUCUUACAGAGUGUUUGUGGCUCUGGAAACACUUCCUCGCAGCAGCUGUUAUCUGUCUUACAAAACAAGUUUGGACUGACGCUGGUGUGCCAGAUUCUGGGGAAAGCGGAGGAGCUGAUGAGUUCCGAAAAUUCCACAACGCUGAAUCAGUCUCUCUGGACGCCUUUGGUUGCACAAGUCACUCACUUCCUCCUGCAGAUACAAGCCUCCUCCCUGGCUCAGCCUCUCUGCUCUCCAGGCACCGCUCUGCUUCACUUUUCACGGUACCUCGAUGAUCAGACUCUCGGACAGCUGCGGUCUAGACUCAGGUCUGCUCCCAGCCCAUGAUGUAAAGGAGACCUGGACUCCGCCACAGUCAGAGCUUUCCCUCCCCACUCUUUGCUUCAAGGAUUUUAUGUGAAAAUUAAGUAUCUACAGAGUUUGAAGUAUCGAAGUCUUAAUGGGGAUAGUGAAGCCCUUGAGAGGUCAGCUUCCUCUGCAUUGCCACCUACAGGGCAUCACAGCUGCUGUAAGAACUGCUCUGUGUGAAUCAGAACAGCAACCGUGUCAUUUUCUCGUGUAGAAAUUUUAAAACAAUUACUCGUUGGGAUUUCUCAUUGCAUACAUCACCCAAUGAGGAUCACAGAUGGAUUGUGUUUAUUUUUUUCUCUCCUUUUUAUAUAUAGCUCCGUGUAAAUAAAUAUAAAGUAUUAUUAAA